CACGAUUUUUGUAUUGAGUGCCGUGAACGGUCGCUUUAGACAAAGUUAAACUUUCAGCAAUCUCUUGAGUUGUUAUUCGACGAUUUACAUCAACCAACGACUUUAUUUUAUCCACAUCGGCUUCAAGAGGCUUUUCUUGACGUGGUGCAUCCUCCAGAUCGACAUUGCAACAAGAUCAGCUGUUAUCAUCAAACGAAAUUACUUAGUUAACGACCCAAUACUAACAAGAUACCGUCGUAAUUAAAACCAUUAAAAAUUCUUAAAGUUUUUGCACGAAAUAAAUACUUUAACAGAAAGAUGGAAUGCCAAGAAAGAAAGGAGUUGAGAAAUUCUAUCUAAGUUGUACCAAAACAAUUUUAAAGUAUGGUAUAUUCAAAAUCAAAAUUGUGUGCUUUUAUGAUAGCAAUCCAUGAAUAUAACGAAAUAUUCAUAUUGUCGACAAUUGCAUGCCAUUUGUUUGCAAAAUAAUAUAAAACUAUUUAAUUUAAUCGGCAAGUUGCCACACAACUUGUAUGGAAAAAUUCAUAUCAAGACGACGUUCAAGUUCGAAAAGUGAGGGUGUAGUAGUAGAAAAUUGUGAGUGUAUUGCAACUUGAAAGCAAUUUCUUGAACGUGGAACGUCCGGGUUAGCGCAUUGUUGGCAUAGUGACUUCUAUAAAAAUAAAAAUAGCCACGAACUAAAUUUAAAUAAAUAAGAGGAGAAAACGUUCAUGUGAAUCAGACAUUGUGAGAUCCAUGAAUAUGUGCAUACACAUGUAUAUUGUUAUAUGAACUUAUGGAAAUUAUAAAAUAGCAACAAUGCACGGAGUAUAUACCAUAUAUGUUAUGUUUAAAUAAUAAAUAAAUAUAAGAAAAGAGGCAGCGUUAAGUGUGGGUGGACAUUACUUCUUUGAAUAUGCAUACGGUAUAACUUUCGAAUUAACCGUUGCUUAAGAAGAGUGAUCUGUUCAAAGCAAUAUAUCAAUUUGUAAUGUUUACUAUUUUCAUUCCAAAUGACCGUUAGUUGCAUAAAACGAUUAUACUCUAUGCCUGAAUUAUCCCGCCGGUAUAAAAUAGAAUAAAUCAGCAACACGUUUUCACACAUUCACACAUACAUAUGUAUUUAUUUAGCUCCACUCAAAUUUAGACACAUCUACAUAUGUACAUACAAAUGUUUGUAUGUAUAUGCGACCGUUAAUGCGCACAUUUAAGCGCAAUUUUAAAUGAUCUCAAUUUAUUCUUUUAGGUGUUAAAUCUUUUGUCUCGGCGCAUUCAUUGCUAAAUUCACUUAUGUAAGUAGUGCGACUAGGCCGUCAGAGCGCCUUCGUAGGCAAAGAAAUCAUACUGGCAUGUGUGUAUGUGCGUGCAUGUGCUACACGAAAUGUUGCGACGUCAUCAUCAAGCUUUCCAUCAACUGGCCGCGCGAUUUGUGUAAGUGUCAUUUUAAUAGCAAUAAAAUCUCUAGAAGCACAUACACACACACACACACACACACUCAAGUAGCGAUGUGGGAGCGCAUGCUGAUUACUAUUUAGAAAAUUGGUUGCUGUAAAAAGCAAAUGCGGGCAGACAGAUGGGCAAGUGUUUAGAAAAAAUCAUGCAAGUUCACUGGUGAUUUCGUGAACGUUCACUAAAAACUGCACGCCUAAAGAGAUUUUGAGUCAGUUAUCGAUGGACGGCGAGCGUGUAAUAAACUAAAGUGGUCGGUAGCGUUUAGUACAGUAAUGGCGCGUGUGAUAACAGCAAGCGAUGCAUCUGACAAAAAGAGUUAUUGACUGGUGUCAAAAUUUUGGUCCUUGCGCUUAUGCCUUUGAAAAAUAAUCAUUUUUGCGCAACAAGUGGUGUGUUAUUACAACAAAAAUGACAAGAAGUGUUAAAUGAAUGCUAAUGGUAUUUGGUACAAAAAUUAUAUUACUCAUACGCACUUCAGUACAAAUUAUGUGCAAAUAUUAUAUAUAAUAUAAUAAGAAACUGCUGUGAUACAAGUAACAAAUUGUUUUAUAAUAAAUUUUAUACAAAUUUUUUUAUAAAAUUAUUUAAAGUUCUUACUGUCGGCUGCUAAACUCUGAGUUAUUGUAUGAAUUCGUGCUAUAGAAAAUAUCAGAAAGCGAGUAUAUUGUUAUUCAAAAGCACUGCCAACAAUGAGAAGAAGUUUAAAAAUAUUGUAUUUUGCUGUUUUUAUUUGUGUAAAGUGUUUGUUCAGCUAAUUUUUGAAAUAACUUAAAAUAACAAAUCAUCGGAAAUGUUCAGUCGCAGCAAUUCACAUCCUGGCAAUGGACCAGCCGACGCUUACACACAGGUGCCUACGAAUAUCACGUCAGCCAAGUCCACACCCGCUGGUGUGAAAACUGCCGAGCGUGAUGCUGAUCGCGGUCAAUGGGCCUCAAAAACAGAGUUUAUGUUGUCCUGUAUUGGCUAUGCGGUGGGCAUUGGCAAUGUGUGGCGUUUUCCAUAUCUCUGCUAUCGCAGCGGUGGCGGCGCAUUUUUGGUGCCUUAUCUGUUGAUGUUAUUCCUUUGCGGCAUUCCGUUAUUUUUUAUGGAAAUUGUGAUGGGACAAUUUUCGAGCGUUGGCUGUAUUGGUGUUUUCCGCUUAGCACCGCUAUUUAAAGGCGCCGGCUUCGCUAUAGUAAUUGUCAACUUUAUUUGUACCUGCUACUAUUCGGUGGUCAUCGCCUAUCCGAUUAUGUUUUUAAGUAAAUUGUUUUCCCUAAAAUUGCCUUGGAUUGAUUGUCAGAAUGUGUGGAACACAGAUCAUUGUGUGGAGGUUUUGGAUUUAGCGAAACGUAACUUCACACAUCACACUGGGUUUCGCACGCCAGCCGAUGAGUUCUUUCAGUGGGUAUUAAUACUUAAUUGUUUGCACAUUCCUGAAAUCUCACUUUCAAUAUUUUUUUUUUACAGUUUUGAGAUUUUGAAAAUAUCUGGAAGUAUUGAGGAAUUAGGCGGCUUGGUAUGGCCGCUGUUUUAUUGCUUGAUCUUUGUGUGGCUUUCGGUGUAUGUCUGCAUUAUACGCGGCAUAAAAACGGUCGGCAAAGUGGUUUAUUUCACCGCAGUCUUUCCCUUUUUCAUACUCUUCGUAUUAUUUAUACGCGGCAUAACGCUGCCUGGCGCAUGGAAAGGUAUUUUGUUCUACAUCAAACCGGAAUGGUCACGUUUGUUGGAUCUAAAAGUUUGGGCCGACGCUGCAAUACAGAUAUUCUUUUCAUUGGGACCAGGUUGGGGCGGUAUUGUGAAUAUGGCUAGUUUUAAUAAUUUUCGCAAUAAUGCUAGAGGCGAUGCAUUCGUUAUACCGAUUGUGAAUUGUGCGACUAGCAUAUUUGCGGGAUUUGUGGUUUUCUCCGUGUUGGGUUUCCUCUCACACCAAUCCGGCAUACCUGUUGCCACGGUGGCCACAUCUGGUCCCGGCCUGGCAUUUGUAACAUAUCCACAGGCGAUCGCCAUGCUGCCAAUGCCACAUUUGUGGGCUGCGCUUUUCUUCGUCAUGCUCUUUCUGCUUGGUUUGGAUAGUGUGUUUGUUCAAAUUGAGGCGAUUAUAUCGUCGGUGAUCGAUGAGAUACCAAAGCUGCGACAGCAUAAGGCGCUAGUUACAUUGGGAUCGGUUUUAAUCAUGUUUUUAAUGUCAAUAAUUAUGGUGACAAGAGGCGGCAUGUUCAUACUGCAACUAUUUGAUUGGUAUUCUGCAUCGAUUUCGGUAAUACUCAUAUGUGGUUUGGAAGUUGUGAUGGUCGCCUGGAUCUAUGGCGUUGAUAAUUUUAUUGCCGAUAUUUACUUUAUGAUCGGCAAAAGACCGGGUAUUGUUUGGAAAUUUUGUUGGAUGUACAUCACGCCGAUUAUAUUGAUUGGAAUGUUCUUCACUAGCAUCAUAUUCAAUCGCGAUAUAACCUAUAACGGAAAUGUAUAUCCACGUUGGGCCAUAGCACUCGGUUGGCUGAGUUGUUCCAUCUCCAUUGCAUGCAUUCCAGCAUAUAUGAUUUAUGUAUUAGUGCGAGGGCAGAGCACGCCCCUAAAGACUAUGCGAAGACAAUUACAAGCUGUUGAUUGGACGCCGGCAAACGAAGAAUAUCGCCUUGAAUAUGAGGAAUAUCAGCGUUCACGCAAAUUAACCUGUGAACUGAAUAAUAUCAGAGUGGAGUCGAUAGCUAAGGCGCGAGUGUGACGUCACAAAGUGUGCAUAGAUAUUUGCUUUAUAUAUGAGAUACAAGUAAAGUUAGGUAAUGAUUAAGUAACAUAAUUUUUUUUUGAGUAUUAACAUAAGUGUAUAUUAUGUAUAUUUACAAAAAUAAUAAGAUAUUAUAAAUAAUUUGUAUAAGCAAAAAGAUAAUAAAAGCAUUUAUUAAUAAAAAAA